ACGAGUUAUGAAAUUCACUAUGUAACUACAUCCAAGAAAGUGGACGACGUGGAAGAGGCAGUGAAGUUGCUAAUAAUAUCUUGUUUUAUAAUUAUAAUGAUUUUGAUCGGAAAUUUAAUUCAAUCUUAAAGUCAACUGUAACAACUGUUGUUAUUAAAAACAUUUUAAUUAAGAAUUUAAUCACAAUGUUACAAUACUGCGAAAAUAUAUCUAUUUGUAGAUAUAAGAAAAUGUUGACAUUUUAUGAUCAAAAUCAUGUUAACCCCGAUAACAUUGUCAUUUUCAAUAACGAAAAUUGGAGCUCUACUAAUUGUGACAUUUGCACACAUCAAAAUAAUGUAUCUUUUGUGGCAUGUAAUACAACUGCACAAAAAAUUGUCACAUGCAUAAAAGAAUGCAAUGAAAAUAAUAAAUUUUUGAAUUAUAAGACAUUCAUACCCUUCUUAAAAGGAAAGUGUACAGUUGAUGUAUUAUUAAAUAAGUUGCAUGAAUCUGAACAUUUUGGAAAAUUAUGUUCGUGGUCCGAUGGACAAAUUAAAAGAUUGAUGCUUCUUUUAUUGUCCGAAAAAUUAAUUUCCAUAAAAUUAUUAGAUAACAGAGACAAUGAUUAUAAUAUUCCUUUAACGUACAAUAGCAACAUUCCAUUUUUAUUUGAAAAUCCAACAAUUGUAGUUGAUGAUAUCUUACAAAUGACGUUACAACUUUCCGUAACUAACAAUGAGAGAGCAAACUUCUUAAAUAUCACUUUAUAUCGCAUUAAAGUAAUGUGUUAUAAACAACUUCGUUUUGUUGCGGAUCUUUUUUCUAUAAACGAAAUUUGUAUAAAUACAUACAGAGUAAGAAACACAAGGAAAUUACGUGCAUUAUCGAAAUUGUUACCAACAACAAUGGCUGAGUAUAAAACAAAUUUCUCAAAUAAUGAAGAAGAUGUAAUUUUACAGGAAUGGGAUUAAAGUUUAUUUGAUGUUAUACAAACAUUUAAUGAGAUGAAACGAAGAUAUGGAUAUCAAUAAUUUUUAAUAUGUUUUCAACGUAAAUAACGAUAAAAAUAUUUAGAUAUGUACUAACUUAACAACCAUAAGUGAAAUACAUAAAUAUUAUUUCACACAUUUAUAAUUAUUAAUAUAAAUAAUGUAGUACUAUAUUAUUUCAUGUUAUUCAUAUGAUAUUAUACCUAUAAACAUUGAAUUAAUUCUAAUGUUAUUUACAUUGAUAAUAUUACUUUAAAUACAUUAAAAAUAAUUUCCAAUUUUUAAAGAC